CACAGCCAUUGAAACUCUUGAAAGUUUUAAUCUCAGCCACUUAAACUCAAUAUUUACGGUUAAUGAGAGAUUCCCAGCAGUUUUCGUCUCCUCCGCACGCUUCCUUCUUCUUCUCCCCAUGUUCACAGUCGGUUUAUCGAUUUAUGUCACUUCUCCAUCAACCAACCACAAUAAGGAGGUCGCUUCCUUCUUAAUCGUUAUUUCCAUGGUCGAUUAUUCGAGACACUUUGUAGUUGGGUUAUUAAAACAUGAUCGUCGAGCCAUUUAACAAAUUGGUGAAGUUGGUUGCGAGGGCAUUUUACGAUGAUAUUACUGCAAAAGGAGAUAAUCAACAUCAACCCAAAUCAGGGAGGAGCGAUAAUAGGGGAAUUGCUGUUGUUGUUCUUGACGCUCUUACGAGACGCCAAUGGGUACACGAAGAAGAUUUAGCAAAAGAUUUAAAGUUGCAUUUAAAACAACUUCGGCGAGCUUUACAGUUUUUUGAAGAAGAAAAACUUGUAACCAGGGUUCACAUGAAAGAGACUGCCAAAGGUGCAAAAGCCUAUAGUGCUGCUGCUGAUAGUCACCCUGGAAGAGAAGGAGAUGAAAAGGUUAAAUAUCACACUCACUCUUAUUGCUGUCUCGACUAUGCACAGAUACAUGAUGUGGUGAGGUAUAGAUUGCACAGGAUGAAGAAAAAGUUGAAAGAUGAAUUAGACAACAAGAACACAGUCCAAGAAUACAUAUGCCCAAAAUGUGGAAAAAGAUAUAACGCGUUGGAUGCCAUUCAAUUGAUCUGUUUUGAAGACGACUCUUUUCAUUGUGAAAUUUGCAACACUGAAUUAGUAGCAGAGAGUGACAAAUUAGCUUCCGAACAAGAUUUGGGAGAUGGUGAUGAUAAUGCAAGAAGAAGAAGGCGUGAGAAAUUGAGAGAUUUGCUUCAAAAAUUGGAGGUGGAAUUGACGCCUUUAAUAGAUCAGCUUGGAAGAUUAAAAGACCUUGAAGCCCCUGAUUAUGGAACUCUUGAAACAUGGAAAGCUAGAGCAAUUUCUGUUGCACGUGCAUCUAAUGCCAAUGAUUCUGCUAGAAAUGGACAUGGACAGGGAAGAACACCUAUGCCGUUUCUUGGAGAGACGAAGGUUGAAGUGGCGUUUUGUGGUGAGGAAAAAAAAGGGGAGAUAAAAUGUGACGAUGAACCUAUGAAAAUGUUGCCACCAUGGAUGAUUAAACAAGGGAUGAAUCUUACAAAUGAACAGCGUGGAGGUGUAAACCAACAAGAAUCAAAAAUGGAAGGAGGAACUUCUUCUGCAGCUGCUGCUAUGGAUUUCAAAGAUGACAACAAGUUGACUAGUCAACAGGAUGAUGUCAAGAAUCUUCAGGAUGAAUAUUUCAAAGCGUAUUAUGCUGCUUUACUUGAGAGGCAAAAAGAACAAGAACAAGGCAUGAAAAAGGAACAAGAUUUAUCAAAGAAUAAUAACAACUCUGCCGACGUGGAUGCCUUGAAUUCAAGAAAACGCCAACAUGAUGAUGACGUGGAAGGUGAUGUGGAAUGGGAAGAGACUCCAACUGCAGAUGAGACUUUCAAGGUUGACUUGAAUGUGGAAGCAACAGAGCCUUCAGGGGAUGAUGAUGAUGAUGAUGGAAUUGAUUGGGAAGAGGGUUAAUUACUUACUAGAAAAAGAAAAGGAAAAAAAAUAACCUUGAAAACUUUCUACUUAUGCAAAAUCGAGUUUUUUUUAAGAGAUUUUUUCUAGAUAUGUUGCUAUUGUACACCUUUUGUGAAUAUGAA